GCAGACGGCUGCUGGUUCUGGGGCUGGUCAGGAAAUCAAGGAGAAUUUCAAUCAUGGACCCACCAUCAACAAACCAGGCCUACCAAUCUCAGCCUGCAGCCACAUCCCCACUAACCUCCUACCGCUGGCAUACAGGGUCUAGUGGAGAGAGGGGGGCUGGAGGGUUCCACUGGGGCCGCUUUGCAGGCUGGGGGAGGGCCUUGAGCCACCAGGAACCCAUGGUCAGCAGCCAGCCUGCCCGUCGCUCGCUGUUCCGCCGUGUCCUCUCUGCGCCCCCCAAGGAAUCACGUACGAGCCGCCUCCGAAUAUCCAAGACCCUCUGGGGGAGGCAUAAGAGUCCACCACUGGAGCCGGAGCCAGAGCCGGAGGCCUCAGAGCCUGAGCCAGAGUCGGAGACCCCUACCCCACAGAUCCCCGAGGCUCCCACACCCGAUGUGCCCGUUUGGAACAUUGGGGCCUUCACCCUGCUCGAUGGGAGGCUGGUGCUGCUUGGGGGUGAGGAGGAGGGUCCUCGCCGGUCCCGGGCAGGGAGUGCUAGUUCCGAAGGCAGCAUCCAGGCGGUCGUGAGGAACCUCAGGGAUCCAGAUCGGAUCCCUGGAAAGACUGAGCCAGAGGCUGCUGGCCCCACCCAGGUUCACAACGUUCGGGGGUUGCUCAAACGGCUGAAAGAAAAGAAAAAGGCCAGGUCGGAGCUGGGAUCCAAUGCCUCCCGAGAUGGACCCUCCAGUACUCUGGGCUCUCGGGAAUCGCUGGCCACACUCUCUGAGCUGGACCUGGGCUCCGAGCGGGAUGUGCGGGUUUGGCCACUGCACCCCAGCCUCCUGGGGGAGCCCCACUGCUUCCAGGUAACGUGGGCAGGCGGGAGCCGCUGCUUUUCCUGUCAGUCGGCCGCUGAGAGAGACCGCUGGAUAGAGGACCUUCGUCGCCACUUCCAGCCCAGCCAGGACAACGUGGAGCGGGAAGAGACGUGGCUGAGCGUUUGGGUGCACGAGGCGAAGGGGCUGCCCCGGGCGGCGGCGGGGACGCCGGGAGUGCGCGCUGAGCUGUGGCUGGACGGAGCGUUGCUGGCGCGCACAGCGCCGCGGACUGGCCCGGGCCAGCUCUUCUGGGCAGAGCGCUUCCACUUCGAAGCGCUGCCGCCCGCGCGUCGCGUGUCGUUGCGGCUGCGCGGAGCCGGCCCGGGAGGCGCGGUGCUGGGCCGCGCGACACUGGCUCUAGAGGAGCUAGGCGCCUCCGGCGCGCCCGCCGCCGGCCUGGAGCGCUGGUUCCCACUGUUAGGGGCUCCAGCCGGCGCCGCGCUGCGGGCGCGGAUCCAGGCGCGGCGCCUGCGCGUGCUGCCGUCCGAGCGCUAUAAGGAGCUGGCUGAGUUCCUCACUUUCCACUACGCGCGCCUCUGCGGGGCGCUGGAGCCCGCGCUCUCCGCGCUGACCAAGGAGGAGUUGGCUGCUGCCAUGGUGCGCGUGCUGCGGGCCACCGGCCGGGCGCAGGCACUCGUGACAGACUUGGGGACCGCGGAGCUUGCACGCAGUGGAGGCCGUGAGGCGCUGCUGUUUCGGGAAAACACAUUGGCCACCAAGGCCAUCGAUGAGUACAUGAAGCUGGUGGCACAGGACUACCUCCAAGAGACACUAGGGCAGGUGGUUCGGCGUCUCUGUGCCUCCACUGAGGACUGUGAGGUGGAUCCCAGCAAGUGCCCCGCCUCAGAGCUUCCCCAGCACCAAGCCAGACUGCAAAACAGCUGCGAGGAGGUCUUCCAGAACAUCAUCCACUCCUACAACUGGUUCCCAGAAGAGCUAGGCACCGUAUUCUCAGGCUGGCGAGAAGCAUGCAAGGCACGUGGCUCUGAGGCGCUGGGUCCCCGGCUGGUGUGUGCUUCUCUCUUCCUGCGGCUCCUAUGUCCUGCCAUCCUGGCGCCCAGCCUCUUUGGCCUGGCACCAGAGCACCCAGCACCCGGCCCAGCCCGUGCUCUCACACUGAUUGCCAAGGUCAUCCAGAAUCUCGCCAACCGUGCCCCGUUUGGUGAGAAGGAGGCCUACAUGGACUUCAUGAAUAGUUUCCUGGAGGAUCAUGGACCUGCCAUGCAACACUUCCUGGACCAAGUGGCCGUGGUGGAUGUGGAUGCAGCACCCAGUAGUUACCAGGGCAGCAGUGAUCUGGCUCUCCAGCUGGCGGUCCUGCACGCCCAGCUCUGUACCAUCUUUGCUGAACUUGACCAGGCAACCCGUGACAGCCUGGAACCACUGCCCACUAUCCUGAAAGCCAUUGAGGAGGGCCGGCCAGUACCUGUGUCUGUGCCGAUGCGUCUCCCACCACCCCCAGCCCAGGUCCAUUCCAGCUUUUUGGCAGGGGAGAAGCCUGGCUUUCUGCCUCCUCGAGACCUCCCCAAACACACUCCUCUCAUCUCCAAGAGCCAGUCUCUGCGCAGCGUUCAAGGUGCAGGCAGUUGGGCCUGGCAGCGGCCAGCGGAGGAGCGGCCUCCACGUCUGCCCCGGGCGGUGCAGCGCACACAAAGCGUACCGCCUAGCCGCCCCGCUCGCCGCCGCCCAUCUGCAGGGCCCGGGCCGCGACCCAAAGGUUCCCAACGCACCGGCCCCGCGCCCCGCGGCAGGCACUGGACCGGGGCCUCGGCCUCGCUGCCUCGGAAGCCGUCAGUACCCUGGCAGCGCCAGCUGGACCAGCCGCGGGAUAGAGACCAGGCUCUGGGUACGCACCGACCGAUGGGCAAGCUGGCAGAGCUGCAGUGCGAGGUGGCCGCUUUGCGCGAGGAACAGAAGGUGCUAUCCGGCCUCGUGGAGUCGCUGGGCACCCACAUCAGGGCCUUAACCGAGCAACAGCAGCAGCUUCGCGGCCAGCUGGAGGACCUGGACUCCAGGCUCCGUGGAAGGACCUUGCAUUUGGAUCCAGAGCGCGAUUCCCCAAGCAGUGAGGCCCACAGGCUGGAAAGUCUGGAGCGCCGCCUGGCUAAGAUAGAGAGUUCUCAAGCACAGCUGGGAGAUGCCAUACAGAGCCUGCAGCUUCUUCCAAGGACAUCGGGGUCCCGGAGCCAGCCUCUGCCCCUCAAAGCAUCCUCCGUCAAUGGAGACACGACCUGAGCUGCCCAGUCCACUCCACGGGGUCUGAGAGCAAAGAGAUAGCCGUUUUAGGUACCCCCUCCGAACCUUGUUUGACCAGCCUACAGUGAGGAAUGGAACUGUACGUGCCAAUCAGUCUGGCACCACGAAGUUGCCCAGUAAAAUCUUGA